AUGAAACAAGAUGGAUGUAUUUAUUCUAUAGAACAAAUCGGAAAUCCAAGUUACUAUUGGAUUCCUGUUAUUAUUGGUAUCCUAUUCAUUGUUAUAUAUAUUAUAUUAGCUCAACUUUGGCAUCACAUAUAUCAUAAACAUUAUUUUGCUCGUCUUUGUUCGUAUAAACAAUUUGUCGAUAAUAAUAGUGAAGAAAAAUCAUUAUCUUCAACAAAAGAUAUUGAGCAACAAAUGGUAAAUAAAUCUAAUGUGAAUAUUUAUGAUGCUGCUAUCAAUACCAAUGAAUUACCACUACCUGGUUCAACAAAUGUAUCUAAUGAUCGUAUUCGUAUGAAAAAAGUUUUGUGCAAACGUCUUCAAGCUUUAGAUACUUUUCGAGGAUUCUCACUUAUGGUUAUGAUCUUUGUCAACUACGGCGGUGGUGGUUAUUGGUUUUUUGAUCAUUCAAUUUAG